AUGACAGACUUGUGUCAACAGCAUGGCACAGCUGUCCAGAAGGCCUCACCGCUGGAGAAGGCGGCUGCUCUCCAGGACUAUCUGGACCACCUGCAGACAGUAACAACAGAGAGGUCGUAUUAUACGACCAUCUUGAAAGAGUGCAAAGAUUCCAUCAUCACUCACUACACCGUGAAUGGCACCUUCGCUCCUCCACCUAGGAUUCAGGCCAACUCAGUUCCUAUCAAGGCCCACUAUUCCUUUGAAUAUGCCCAGCAGGUGCAUUACCCAAGUGAUCCACUACAACCCGGCCCAGUGUUCUUCCUCACACCCAGGAAGUGCGCCAUCUUUGGAGUUCACUGUGAAGCCUUCCCACGCCAAGUCAACUUCCUAUGUGAUGAGGCUGGAGACUGUGGGAAGGGCUCUAACACUGUGAUCAGUCAGCUCCACUACUUCUUCGAGGACCACGGGCUGGGUGAGACUGAUGUACACCUCCAUGCAGACAACUGUUCAGGCCAGAACAAAAAUAACUACAUGGUCUGGUACCUGCUAUGGAGGGUCAUCACAGGAAGGCACACCAACAUCACACUGUCCUUCCUUGUAGUGGGUCACACAAAGUUUGCACCUGAUUGGUGCUUUGGUCUCUUCAAGCGGCUGUUCCGUAGGACACAAAUAGGCAGUCUGCGGUCAAUUGUAGAUGUUGUCCAGAAGUCAGGAAAAUGCAACGAGGCACAACUGAUUUCGAACGAGGAAGGACGUGUGAUUGUCCCUACUUAUGACUGGGUUACCUUCUUUGCACCCCACUUUAGGAAGAUGCCUGGCAUUAAGAAGGGACGUCACUUAACGUUUUCUUCCUCCCGUCCAGGUGUGGUGUACACGAGGGAGAGUGCAGAUACGGUAACAGAAGCACAUCACAACCUGCUGAAAGAGGGAGCCACAUUUGAUGACCACAGUGAGCUCCCAGAUGUCAUUACCCCAGUAGGCCUGUCAGCACAGCGGCAGUGGUACCUGUAUGAAAAAAUACGGGAAUUCUGCCCUGCAGCUGACAGAGACGUUACCUGUCCUCUCCCGAGUGUACCCAAACCAACCAGUCGCCAGGGCACUCCUGAAUUACCAUCCCCCACUCAGUCACCACCCCCUCCUGCCAAGAGACCACGGCAUUGUGCCCGCUGCAAACAGCCUGGACACAACAGCAGGACCUGCUCAAGCAGUACAUGAAUCUAUGAUUCCAACCGGUUCUUUUAAGAACCACUUCUCUCUCACCUCAUCUAAUCUCAUCUCAACCAAAUGGUUCUUCUAAGAGCCACCAACAACCAAAAGAAUAUCCAGAUAUUAAUUUUAAGUACAGGCUUACCUGCUAAUUAUUAUGUUUGGGUGUGGUUCAGGUUGUACGGACGGGGCCGGGAGGUUAGUUGUUUGGUGUCCAUUCUU